GUUCAGUUGAAAUGAAUGCGACAGUGUCGCUCCACCCACCCCGUCUAUGAAAGCUCUAUUUUAUCCACCUGACUGUCAGUCAAGCUCUUUUCGAAGGCUUCUAAGGGUAGUCUCAUUGAGAACUUCAUCCACCCGGCCUCCCCCCUCCACCCGUCUUCCACCCCCCCCAGGCAGCAGCUAUGAAUUGGUCUGCCCUGGAGUCCCUCCUCAGCGGAGUCAACAAGUACUCCACGUCAUUCGGUCGCGUCUGGCUCUCCGUGGUCUUCGUCUUCCGGGUGUUGGUGUUCGUGGUGGCGGCGCAAAGAGUGUGGGGUGACGAGAGCAAGGACUUUGUGUGCAACACGGCUCAGCCGGGCUGCAGCAACGUGUGCUACGACGCCAUCUUCCCCAUCUCUCACAUCCGCCUGUGGGCCCUGCAGCUCAUCUUUGUCACGUGCCCCUCCCUGUUGGUGACGGCACACGUGAAAUACCGCGAGAAGAAAGACAUGGUGUACACCCAAGCACACAAGGGGGCUCAUCUUUAUGCCAACCCUGGGAAGAAACGUGGAGGUCUGUGGUGGACCUACUUGGUGAGCCUGCUGUUCAAGAUCAGCUUUGACGGCGGCUUCCUUUACCUCCUCCACCACAUUUACCACGGCUUCGACAUGCCCCGACUGUCCAAGUGCUCCCUGGAUCCAUGCCCCAACACCGUGGACUGCUACAUUUCACGGCCUACAGAGAAGAAAAUCUUCACCCUCUUUAUGGUGGUCUCCUCUGUUGUCUGCAUCUUCAUGUGCAUCUGCGAGAUGAUUUACCUCAUCUGCAAACGCGCCAUGAAAAACAAAAUGAAGAGGAACGAAAGGAAGUGGAAGGAGUUCUCCGGCAAACAGGAAAUGACCCCGCUGUCGGCGCCCAGGUCAGAGUUCAGGUCCAAAACGUCUAUCAGGAUUGAUCCCACCGCUUCCGUCCACAACCUCAAUAACAUGACGGCUGAGGAAGGACAGAAACCGCAACAAAAUGGCAAAGUGGAGCACAGUAAAUAAGGAGAUAUAAGGCUCUGCUGAGGAACAUUUUCAUCAAUUCUGGGAUGACUUGUGUAAAUAGAUUGACCGGCUUGCCACAUUAAGGUACCUUCAUGUAAAUACUGCAGGAUCUGGAUGUUUGUGGAUGUAUUUUAGUGUAACAAAUUCACUCAUUAGUCCCUAACAACAAAAAAGGUCAGCUUCCCAAAAACUGCUGCUAAAAUAAUUUCAAAAUAAUGUUGCCUCCACCCAAAAAAUUAUCUCAAAAAAACGACUUCAGCCUGAAAUAUAAAUAUCAAAUAUAAAUUAUAUGUUGGUUAGUCAAAGGCCAGUAUGUUUACAUAGCUUGAUUGCUUGUUUUUUUUUUAAAAAAACAAAGCCAAAAUAAAAACACAAAAACGCACUUUAAAAAUCCAGCAUCAAUAACAGCACAUAUUUAUCAUUUCAGCACAUUUGCAGAAAACACUUAAGAGGUGAUACCUUUUGCUGCAUGCUUUGAAUGGGGAAAGGUAGUGCCACCUAGUGGACAAAUUAAAGAGACAGUCGUCCAACUUCAGAUCUGAAAGGAUUGCAUUAGUUUUUGUUAUGAUGAAUGCGGAGUCAAUAAUCCAAUGGUUUUUAACUGGAUUUUCUAUUCGCAUUAUGUGGGUUUUUGUGUUGCUUUGACAAUGAAUCUAAUUAAUCUAAACACAAUUUGAAAAAUUACACCUAUGUUUAUUCAAACAGCCAAAAUAGCUUUAAAAAACAGCACUUGGAUGGGUUUUAAUAAUGAUCGGAUGUUCUCAAAAGGGUCAAAUAUUGGCAAUAAAUACUGAAACUAAAUGGUAAACCAGAAAAUACUCAAUUAUAGUGCCCUCCAUGGAAAACACAGCUUAUGAGCACCAAGCACUUUUUUGUUAUUAUUAUUAUUGAAGUAAUUUGUUUCAUGUUUCUGGCUCACAUUAGCACUAAGGAUAUUCUUGUUGAAGACAGUUGUUACAAUGCAUAUUACAUAGGGCCAUGAUUGUUACAUGUUAUAUGUUGUAUUUAUUGUUUUGUGCGCUGCAAAGUAAAAUCAUUUUUAGUAUA